CACGACCUUCCGCUUCCCUUAGCCAUGGAUACGACAGACGCACCGCAGCUCAUUGAGCACGUGAACCACAGCGUUAACUUCACACCGAAUGACACCAAGUGGAUUCCUGGCUCGGCGCGCUUCGUGGCCAUGGGAAUUUACCCCAAGGCCACUGGAGCACUCACCAUCUUCGGUCUUAACCAGGGCGAGCUCAAGACACACGCAGUGCACGAGAAGACGCACGGUAUCAAAUGCGGGACUUUCGGGUCUUCCGCACUGGAAGACCGACACUUGGCUACAGGCGACUACGGCGGCGUCAUGAGUGUUUGGGACCUGGAGAGGGCUGAAGUCCCCGUUUAUUCAGCUCAAGCACACAAGUCCAUUGUGAACGCCAUAGACGGCUGUGGAGGUCAGAACAUUGGCAGUGGAGCGCCCGAGAUCGUCACAGGAGGACGAGAUGGCUGCAUCCGAGUCUGGGACGUUCGUGUACCUGAGCCGGUGGUGACGCUGGCUCCUAAGGAGCAAGACACGGCACGAGACUGCUGGACUGUCUGCUUCGGUAACUCCUACAACGACGUGGAGCGCUGCGUCGUUGGAGGAUACGACAACGGAGAUAUCAAGAUGUUCGACCUGCGCACCAACACGCUGCGAUGGGAGACCAACUGCCAGAACGGCGUCGUCAAUGUGCAAUUCGAUCGCAAAGACAUUGAGAUGAACAAACUGCUGGUGACGACACUCGAGUCCAAGUUCCGUGUCUACGAUCUGCGGACAUUCCACCCGGAGCAAGGCUUCGCUUGUAUGACGGAGAAGGCGCACAAGUCCACGAUCUGGCAGGGAUGUUUCUUACCGCAGAACCGCGACUUGUUUAUGACUGGAGGAGGCAACGGUGGCUUCAAUCUGUAUAAAUACCACUACCCGCUGUCGAGAACGGCGAAAGACUCGGACGGAAGACUGUACGGUGUCUGUGGCACCGUGGAGCUGCUCAACUCGCGUGUACUGUCCACACAGCCGAUUGUAAGCAUGGACUGGAGUCGGGAUCGCGAGGGUCUCUGCACUUUGGCGUGCUUGGACCAGACCGUCCGCGUCUACAUCGUCACCAAAACCAACAAGUACUAAGCGGAACAAUUAUAUUGAAAAAAA